AUGUUCGAUGCAGGUUGUGGAUGGAGGCUCUACCGACGAGGGCGGGGCCUGCUCCGCUGGCCGGAAACUCUGCGAAAGCUCACCUUUGGAAGGGAGUUCAACGAGCCCAUCCAGGGCAUCCUUUGGCCUCCGUCGCUGGAAGAAGUUCGUUUUGGGGCUUCGUUCAACCAGCCGAUCCAAGACAUCGUGUGGCCGGUCUGUCUACAGCGACUCACCAUCGGGCACUACUUCGAUCAACCGGUCGACAUCGAUUGGCCGGAAACGCUGCGACAGCUCACCUUUGGGCAUUGCUUCGAUCAGAGAGUUGAUGCCGUCAAAUGGCCAAGCUCCUUGCAAGAGUUGGUUUUCGGAGCCUUCUUCAAUCAGCCUAUCGAUGGCGUCUUGUGGCCGCUUUCGUUGCGGCAUUUAGCCUUGACUGGAUUCUUCAAACACGCGAUUGGCAACGGCGCUGGCUGGCCGAGCUCCCUGCGACGACUGACUAUCGGCCAAAACUUUAUUCAGCCAAUCGCUACGGUAUCGUGGCCACCAUUGAUGGAAGAGUUGACCCUUGGCACGUUCUUCAACCAGCCCAUCGACGCUGUCGUGUGGCCGGUCUCCCUUCAAUGUCUUUCGUUUGGAAGUUCUUUCAAUCAACCGUUAGACAACGUAUCGUGGCCAGCGUUGCUCCAACGGCUGUGCUUCGGACGAGCAUUCAACCAGCCGAUUGAUGGGACAUCAUGGCCAUCGUCGCUCCAACAGCUUACCUUUGGCCAAGAAUUCAACCAAAGCAUCACAGGCGUCGUAUGGCCACACUCGCUUCAACGAUUGAAGUUUGGCGACCGAUUUGACCAACGAAUCGACGACGUAACGUGGCCAGAUUCUCUUCAAGAGGUGUGCUUCGGCGGGUAUUCAACCAGCGAAUCGAGGGAGUGUUGUGGCCACCCUCGCUGGAACGAUUGA